CGAAGGCUACCUACAUUAUGGAACGCUUCUUGACGGCUGCAAAUUGAUCAUCGACCGUGCCCUUUCGUCUUCCAAUGGCGAUGUAUUUCGCAGCACUGAAUCGGCUGACGAAUCAGAGCACAAGGAUUUUCCGCCUAAAGCAAUUGGUGCCACUUCAAACAACGAUUCAAAAGUGGCAUGGGGUAAAAUAUUGUUGGUGUUAAUGCGAUUUGAUUGUGAACGAACCAAUACUUUGAUUAAGGAAUUGUUGAAGAAAGCAAUAAUUGAUGAUUUUGACAGUUGGUCAGUCCUUUCUCACGCUAUAUCGUUGGGUAGAGGCGAUAUCGUCCGUUCAUUAUUACUCUACUACUGCGAGAGAGCGACGUCGUUGAAUGAGAAAUUGGUUGAGCCUAACUUUGAGAAUAAUUUGCGAAUUGUUGUUCCUGAAUUCGGUCGACUGUGUGAAAAAUACCCUGACAUUGCUUUAGAAUUGGUGAAAAAUAUCAGUUACUUCAAAUCUAACGAGCCCCCCGUUGUACGGAGCAAUAAUAAAUUGGAGGGCUUUGCCUACUCAGAACGGGAAAAAAGAUAUGAUAUUAAUGAAAAUCGGAACGGCGACGGUUAUCUGUACCAUGAAUGUUUGGUCCCUUUGCCGAAUUUUACCCGGUAUCAGAAGCCACCGGAAUCCCCCUUCGGAUUUCUUAAUGUAUUCGAAUGGCUUGAUCACCUUUCUCCAUUUGCUAGUGCGGUUCUCCAUGGCAAACAUCAUAUGUUUGGCGAACCUGCCAUGGAAGCGAUUAUUAAUUUCAAAUGGAGGAAAUUUGCUAGGAAGCGAUAUUUCAUUUUUAUUGGUUUAUUUUACUUAUAUCUUGCUUCGUUCAUGGUUGCCGUUACUCUCGAUUCCGGCAGAGUGGAUCAGGGGAAGAACGUGAUCAAGCAUCUGAUUCCAUUGUUCUCGAUUAUAGUAUUGGUGCUCGGAUUCAUAUUUAUCGUAUUUGAGAUUAUGCGAAUGAUUGCAUAUCGCGUUCAUUAUUUCGGCAUGUAUAAUAUCAUUGACCUGGUCAGUACUAUAUUGCCAACGAUUUAUGCUGUCGGGGUAUUUUCUGGAAGCAGCUGGGGACCUGGAUAUGUUGGCAUCUCCAUGUUCUUUGCCUAUGCUGAUUUAAUUCUGCGAUUCCGAGCAUUCACUAAGUUUUGGAUACCAAUAAUUAUUGUGAUAGAAAUAUUUAGAAACGUACAAGGGCCUCUUCUCAUUAUUGCAAUGAUUGUAGUUGCAUACACACACAUAUACUGGCUGUUGUUUUCCUACGUGGAAGUUACGGACUUGGUAGGUGAUAGUCCGGUGAUGAACGAUUUUUCGACUCCUCAACGUGCAUUCGUUUCGGUCUUUUUUUCCGUGACAGGAAAUUUUGGCUCCCUUAGUGAUGCGUUCGGCAAUCCGACAGUUGCAGUUUUGGCAAUUGUAUUUUCGUUAAUAACCGCAUUUGUAUUACUGAAUAUCUUGAUUGCCUUUAUGAAUGAUGUUGUAAGUAAUGCCAAAGUUGCUGGUAGAAGUGCUUGGCUUAGGCAGAAAGCAGAGUUCAUAUGUACAUUGGAGCUGUGUAUGCUCACGCGAAAGCAAAGGCAAGGAUACGAUUACUUUCCGUAUCUAAUAUACUACUAUGCGAAAGAUGAUUCCAUAAAAGAAUACAAGAAGAAUUGGAAAGGAAAUAAGAAACAUUUUACUAGUAAAAGUACGAGCAAUGUUGUUCUGGAAAGUAAGGAAUUUUUCUUGAAUGGAAAAAGGUUUGACGAGGGAAUUAAAAUUGUGUUAGGAACAGAACAAAAUGUAAGGAUAAGAGGAAAUAGAAGUUUUGUGUAG